AUGCAGCACUCAAAAGCCUUUUACGCAGCAGCCCAUGAGACCUACAGCCCCCGGCCCCUGGACAAGCCAGAGAGCCCAGCGAGCCGGCCUGUCCAGGCCUUCCCCGAGCCCCUCCCCUCUGUUGGAUCAUCCAGCCUGUACCAUCCCCAAAAUCAGGAGAAAGAAGUGUUCCCGUCUCCGCCGGCAGGUUUCCAGAUGGCGCCCUGCGGCUGUUUCUUUGACCCUCGCAUCUACCGGAUCGAGUGGGCCACCACAGAUUUCGGCCAGUCGUCUUUGUACAAGCUGGCUGCUGGUGGGGGCAGCGGGGCGGGUGGUGGGGGCAGCGGGGCUGGGUCCCCAGGCAGCUACCUCCUAGACCCUCAGCGCUACCUCAAGGCACCGGUGCAACCCACACCUUACCCCCAUUACCAGUCUGUACCCGGCACACCCCAGUACUUGGUGCCAUACUUCCCACCUGAGGGGCCCACUCCAGCCCCAGCCCCCGAGCCCUUGGGCUUUGUGGCGGGACCACUGAGUGAGGUGCCCCCCUCUUUCCUGGAGCUCCCCCCACACCUUCAGAAAGAUGGCCUGGGGCCCCCAGCUGCCAAGGAGAACAAGUUUCCUCAGCUGCUCAUCACAUUGCCCGGUGAACCACUGCUUCAACCUGGGGCCUAUGGUCACCUCAAGGGCCGACUGAGCCAGCUACAAGGCCCAGAGCCACUGGGCUUUCCAGCCUAUGCCGACAAGUCCAAGGAGCUGAAGGAUGGUGGUGGUGGUGGCGGCGGCGGUGGCGGCGGUGGUGGUGGCGGUGGCGGUGGAGGUGGUGGUGGUGGUGGUGGUGGUGGUAGUGGUGGAGGGGCUGUGGCCAGCCUCAUCUUCCCACCAACUCCUUGCUGCUCUGGGGAACAGCCUCCCCCAGCAGCUAUGGAGUCAGUGCCAGCCCAAGCCCCCCAGGAGGCAGAGGAAUCCCCCCUGCUGGAGGAAAACAAGGCCCUGGAGGCACCAAAGCCCUUUGUGCUGCCUGAGAAGGUGUUACUGGAGGAUGCCAUGAAGCUCUUCGAUUGCUCACCGGCCAACACAGAGCCUGAGGGGUCCCCACGGGAGGGUUUGGGGGGCCUGGGCCUGCUUCGGGAUGGCCCUGGCCCUCCACCCCCACCGGGGGCCUGUGACGAUUCGUCCAGUGACAUCCGAUCCCUCAAUCUUCCUGAUGAGCUGCUCUCCUUUGACUACAGUGUUCCUGAGAUCCUAGACACUGUCUCUAACAUGGACUAUUUCUACAAUUUCAAGGCCUUGGACGAGGAGAUCAAAUGGGACCUCGCAAUUGUCCCACCCACCUCCAAACCCUGCCCAGGUGGGGGAACCCCUCCGACUCCACGGCUUGAUCCCCCUGGAAAGAAGAAAGCAGGCACUGCCUCCAAGAAGGCAAAGCCUGGAGUCAAGUCUAAGCUGGCCACGGGCCCAGUUGAGGGGGGACAGAAGGGCCUGGGGCCCAGGCCAGACCCUUGA